CACAGUUUGGGAGCCUGUGCAGUAGAUGAACAGCAAUAGAGGUGGGAAAGUUAUAAGGCAAACCAGCAGGAGGCAAGGCAGACGAACCAGGAACAUGUUUAGUUAGAGAAGUAUCAAGAAGCAGGAAUAGGAGCAGAAGCAACUGACAAUAUAUACUGUACUGAGAGGCAAGGGCAAGGAAAAAUGCAUCAAAGUCAAAUUAUACAGAUGAAGAUUGAAGAACCAAUUAGCAGUACUAUAUACAAAAUCACACGAGAGAUAAACAUUGAGAUGACAUUGAUUUGUGCAAACAAUAAAAACGUAGUCUGUUUUUGAGCAUAAUAACCCCUCUCUCUCUCUCUCUCUCUCUUUCUCUCACUCUCUCUCACACACACAGGAAAAUAUACAAAAUAAACCUUUUUCCUUGGAAAACAAUUAUUCUGUUUACCUGUUAACUGUCUGGAGAGAUCUCUUUGCUGAAUAAUAUAUUCUAUCCCUAAGUGCUCUGAAAAUGCCUGAAAUUCAGGGCUAUUUAACUUAAGUUCCUAGGGGGCAAAAGUAAAUUGACUUUAUCAUACACAUAUGGUACUGUUCUCCUCAUAUUACAUACAACACAUUCUUUUUUUUUUUUUUUUCCUUCUGGAGACGGAUUCUCUGUCUCAGCAGCUCACUAGACAGACUUUCAGGAGAAGUCGCCUUAUUCCGAAUUUGCAGGUGUUUAUUGAGAAACAUCAAUAAAAACACUAUACAUUCAUUUUACCAGAUGUUUUGUGGCUUUAUGUGUAACAAUGGCCUCUGAUAUCUGCAGAGACAUCUCCACCAGUUUUGUAUGCAUUGUAGUCCUGCUGCUGCUUGGCUCACAGACAUCUCUGGCUGGGAAAGACUGCACAGAUGUGGAGUGUAAACCCCCAAUAAACUGCAUUGAAGAGGCAAUUGAGGGAGACGCUUGUUGCCCCACAUGUGUACAGUUGGGCUGCGCGUGUGAAGGGUAUCAGUAUUAUGAUUGCGUUAAUGUUGGAUUUAAAGAUGGCAAAGUGCCUGAGGGAGAAUCGUACUUUGUUGACUUUGGAAGUACCGAAUGUUCCUGUCCAGCUGGAGGAGGAAGGAUUAGCUGCCAAUUUAUUCCUUGCCCAGAACUGCCACCGAACUGCAUUGACAUCCUUCAACCAGCAGACGGAUGUGUUCAAUGCGGAAGAAUAGGAUGUAUCCAUGGGGAAGAGAAGUAUGAUGCAGGACACACUUUUCAUAUGUCCUUGUGUAAGUUUUGCCAUUGCCCCAAUACGGGCGGUGAGUUAAUGUGUUAUGAGAUUCCAGAUUGUGACCUGGAAUUAGAUAGCACUACUCCGCUUAUGGAUACACCGGACAGUGAUCCGGAAAGGCUGUACGAUUAUCCAUACAGUCAAGAACAUGAUGCCAAUGAGUUGGCCAACCCAGCAGCCUCCGAGAAAAACAAUAAUUACAAAAGAAAUGCAUUGCAAGGUCACUCACUUUUGGACUAUGAUGAUGGCUUGGGUGACUCUGUAAACUCUUCAACUCUUUAUCCUUUUAAUGAGGUUGAUUUUACCACCUCGAGUUAUAAACUACAUCAUUCAUCUGAACGCAAAGGUUUAAAUGCAACUUCCAUGGUUAAUGCAUACAGAACAGAGUCCACUACCACAACAUUGAAUUAUAAUGAAAGCCACUUGGAAGAAACAACAACACAUCAAAAUACUUUGCGUCCACAUACUGAGCCAGAAGAAAUUCUGAAAGAUCCAGUCAAGUUCAGCAAUGUUUUGCCUAUGGACAGCAGUACAAGUAGUAGUACAAGUAGCAGUACAAGUAGUAGUACAAGUAGCAGUACAAGUAGCAGAGGAGACUUAAAAACAGACUUUCAGUCUACUACAACAUCAUACACAAUGUCACCAAUGAGUAGGCAUGAAUCUCCUGAAGAGAAGAGAGAAGAAGAGACUAGCACGCAGUUAAACUCUAGUCCUACUUCUGGUCCCACACCACAGCAGAAAGAAAAUAGUCAACAAAUGACAACACAGUCACCUACACCUACUACCCUGCCUCACUACAUAGAAGAAAGAUACAAUGCGCCUCACAUUUUUAAUAUCUCCAGAUUGCAUGAUGGAUCCACGAAAGACCUUGUCGAAACGUGCUGUGCAGCUGGCCAACAAUGGUCCAUUGAUCAUGGAGAAUGUGAAAAUAUGCCAUUGAGUGCUUCUGAGGAGUGCAGGCUGGCAGAAAAGCAAUGCUGCAUUUCCUACAUCAGAGAAAAUACAUGUAUUGCGGGAAUGAUUGCAGCCAAAGAAGAUGGAAUAUGUUUGCCUGCAGAGAAUGAUAUCUGUGAAAGAUCUUAUUUUAAGCUGUGCUGUGACUGCUGUUCGUGGGGACUGAAGGUGAAGAAGGAGGGCAGCUCUUGUGAAUCCAACCUCAAUUUGGGCUAUCCCUGCAAUCACAUGAUGAUCUUGUGCUGCAAUGGGGAAGAGCAGCUCAUCCUGCCAGAUCCUAAAGUCCCCUCUAAACCUGAGCUCUUGGUUUUGCCUGAGGCAGAUAUUGAUGAAUGUGUUCUAAACACACACACAUGUGUCCAAGGAGAGCGCUGUGUUAACACUGUUGGGUCGUUUAUGUGUAUCCAAGAGGAAAGAUGUGAGACUGGGUUUGCAGUUGUGAAUGGAGUGUGCACAGAUAUUAAUGAAUGUGUUACAAAUAGACACACGUGUGCCACCGGGGAGCGCUGUGUUAACACCGUUGGCUCAUUCAUUUGUAUCCAAGAAAGGAGAUGUGAUAGUGGAUACACACCAGUAGAUGGAAUUUGUACAGAUAUAAACGAAUGUUCGGCCCUGGCCGCUCCCUGCAAACAAGGAUUUACUUGUGUGAACACUUUGGGCUCCUUCGUUUGCCAGAGAAAACAAUUAAAGUGCAACAAAGGAUAUCAAUCAAACGAGAAUGGAACGAUGUGCAUUGAUAUUGACGAGUGUAACCUCGGAACCCACAACUGCUCCCAGGAACAAGCCUGCUUCAAUCUUCCUGGAUCCCACCGCUGUGACUGCAAGAUGGGAUACCGAUAUGACUUAUUUAGAAAAACUUGCCUCGAUAUAAAUGAGUGUUGGAUUUAUCCAGGACGUCUGUGUCACCAUACUUGCGAGAACACUGUCGGCUCCUAUAAAUGUUCUUGCUUUGCUGGCUUCCAGUUAGGUCAGGAUGGAAAACAUUGUGAAGAUGUGAACGAGUGUAAGAAUAAUCCAUGUAACCAAGAGUGCACUAAUGUAUAUGGCUCCUAUCAGUGUUACUGCAAAGAGGGAUAUAAGCUUGCAGAUGAUGGGAUCUCAUGUGAAGAUAUUGAUGAAUGUGUCCAGAACUUUGGAAGCCUUUGUGUGUUUGCCUGUGUAAACACUCCUGGUAGCUACCAGUGCGCCUGCCCACAAACUGGUUACACCCUGUCAGCGAAUGGACGGACAUGCAAAGAUAUUGAUGAAUGUGAAGUGGGAACACACAACUGCUCAUCGUCAGAGGAGUGUUACAACAUUCAAGGGAGCUACAAAUGUCUGUCCUACACGUGCCCAGAGAACUACAGAAAGGUUUCUAGCACGGUUUGUGAGCGAAUAUCAUGUUUCAAUUACCAAGAGUGCCAAAAUACCCCCGUACGGAUCUCUUAUCUGCGACUGAAUUUCCCAGCUGGAGUGAUGGUCCCAGCACAGAUUUUCCGCAUAGGGCCGUCUCCAGCGUAUGCGGGUGAUACUAUUGUCCUGGAUAUCAAAAAGGGAAAUGAAGAAAAUUAUUUCAGCUCUCGAAAAUUUAACCCUUACACAGGCACCAUCUACUUACAAAGACCAGUCAAGAAAGGCAAAGACUUUUUAUUGGAUGUUGAGAUGAAACUGUUCCGUCAGGGCGUGGUCACGACAUUCCUCACCAGGAUUUACGUAUUUAUUACUUCCCACUCUUAAACGUUCAUUUCUACCUCUAGGGUUUUCUGCUUAUAAUUAAGGUAUGAAGACAAACAUUUUGGUAAGACUGAUAAAGCACAUUACUCUGGAAUUCCAGUUAAGAGUAAAGGCAACAUGUGCUCUGUUUUUAAGCAGGGUGUCUAUUCCAUGUAUUUCCCCUUUAAAUGGGCAAUAUCCAUCUGUGUUUAACAUAUUACAUUUUGUUGUAACCAUUUGUUGUAACAUUUGUUGAACCAUCAGGGCAGCUUAUUCGUUAUUAAUCGUUUCAUUUUACAGUUCAUCCAAACGCUUUCUCGAAUUUCGAAUUGAAAAAAAUGUCAAAAUUCGAAUUCAAAAAGACCAACCGAAAUGAGGUCG